CCGAGGACCGGUUCUCUGGCGCGCCUCCGUUCGCUCGAUCCCGAAAAGAGGCUCAUAAAUCGGCCCGUUUUAUCGUCUCUCGAUCGGCCCCACCACGUGUCGGAGUGAACCACUCGGCUCUCUCGAUUGGAUCUCGCGUUCAACUCGCCCGUUCGGCCCGUCUUUUACAGAACGGGGGCUGGGAAUCGGCCAAGGGGGCGCCGAGGCUCCUCCACGACUGCGGAUACAAUUUCUAGGCACCCGUUUCCCGGUGAACGUUCAGGAAAAUGGCACUCGCGGGGAACGUGAUCCUGGUUACCUUGACGCUGAUCGCCGCCUCGAAGGGCCUCCCAGGUAAUUCGUGGCCGUCCUGCGCCGGCAAGACGAUACUGAGAGCUGACGGCUUAUCUUGCGAGGAGAAACAGGCCAUCUUGGACGAGCAUAAUCGUCUGAGACAGCUAGUGGCUCUGGGACAGAUUCAUGGACAGCCAGGCGCUGCGAAUAUGAGGGAAAUGGUAUGGGACGACGAAUUGGCCGCAAUCGCGCAGAGAUGGGCGGAUCAAUGCGCGGAGAUCCACGACAACUCGAGGAACGUUCGAAGGUUCGCCGUGGGGCAAAACAUCGCACGAACAUGGACAACGAGGCCUCCGGGAGUCUACGACGACGAACCAAAUUGGCGACAGCGAAUCUCGGAUUGGUUCAACGAGGUACAGCACUAUCGUACCGGAUAUAGCGACGACACUGGUCACUAUACUCAGCUCGUCUGGGGUGACACGUUCCUUCUAGGCUGCGGAUAUUCCUUCUACUAUGAUCCAGCUCGAGGCUAUACCAAGAAUUAUGUUUGCAACUACGGGCCAAGCGGCAACGUGCUCGGCUUUCAACCUUAUCAAUCAGGCCAGCCAGCCUGCGCCAGCUACGGAAUGUCUUAUUCGAAUCGAUACGCAGGACUUUGUUCUCGAGGCAGUUACUACCACUUAGGAGGACUCUGCACUUAUGGUUAACGGAAAUCUUGCGACGAAGAGAAGAUUCCAUGGAAAGAAAAGUCGAGAACGAAGAAGUACGCCUUCGCGACGUUUAUUAAAAAUUAAACGUCGAACUCGACAGAUCGCGGGAGUUUUUAACAUUUUCCUGUCGUUGUUUCAUCUAGUACGCCGUUUCUAGUCUAUGAAAUGUAGUCUGUAAAUUGUAGUGAUUAGAUUUUAAGUUUGUAAAAAAUCCAAACAAGAGAGCGCAUGGAAUAAAGUAACGAUUAAGAGGUAUUGGUGAAACAAGCUCGAGUCCUAGUUUGACUUUGUGAAAACAUGCAGCGAGCAGUUUUAGUUUUAUUUAGUAAGUAACUUACACAGUAAUUAAGAUUGACAUCUUACUAACUGAGACACUUACUUAUCGUUAGAAACUAAAGUUGUAACUUAAUACGCCGGUAACUCAAUACCUAAAUAUAUCAACUUACUGAAUAAUUCAUUUCUUUAGUAACUAAGGUUGAGAACCACUGAUUUAUACGAGUAGCAGUAACGCAUUAAACUGCACUAAUCCUCAUUCAUAUGGAUUCUGCUAAUCCAUACCGGACUAUCACCGCCUCGAAAUUAACAAAAAAUUACAGGCUAAAGUAAUAGUAUCGUAACGUAUACGGUUCAAAUAUCUGCGGAGUUUAACCUAAUCCGUGCUUGACCCAGUCCCAAAUAUAAUUGAAGCUUAUAAUUGAAGAGAAACGUCCGAUAUUAAAAUUGUUCUUUCUGAUAAUAAGUUGAGAAUGGGUGCUACAAUUUUAGGAGUCUCCACUGGUCUCGUGCUUUAUCUGCGUCCUAUCGAAUCAAAAAUCCACGGUGAAGCGCGAUUAAGGGUGAAAUCUGGUAUUCGGGUCGAACGUAACUUCUCCAACGUUGCGCCAGGUUAUUAUUCACGCGUACCAUGUAUUUUUCCAUGCAUUUUGCAUCACGUCCCUUACGUGACCGCAGGUGGAAACACGACGUAUGAAUAUUUACGCAAAAGAUAGAUAGGGCACACGCUCUUCACCCUUCCUAGAUUCAUUAUUCUUUUAUUAAGUGACUUCGAUUAAUUUAAUUCGAGAAAAGUACGUUUGCUAUCUUCAUUUUAUCGUUUAUAAAGUUUUAAGGCCGAAAUUGGAAAAUCAGGCCUUGGAGUCGCAUCCGCCAAAGCGUAACGAAUAUAUUGAAACCAGAAUUAUUAGAAAAUAUUGCUUCUUUGCUUCGAUAUCCUGGAAAAAAAAUCAUGCUAGCCUAAUCGCCCUGUCCUCGUCUCUCCUGCAAUUGUUGUAUUGCCCUCUCUGUCCCUGUCCCGGAGUUU